UCAUAGACCUAUUGCAUGGACUACAUGUACCUGAAUGCUUGCAUGCUACCAUAUGGGCUUUACAAUGAGCAGACAUGCCUAUUUUACCUGUACUUGUAUACUGUCUACUUUCAGGAAGCCUUGUUCCUAGUACACCAUGGCCAUCUGCAAAAACUUCAAAAUUGGCUUGAAUGCUACAGCCAAAGUCAUCUCUGUUCUGCUGUUGAUCAUCCAAUCCGCAAUUCUUGACUUCAUCAUCCUAAAGUUGGAUCAUUUGGCUCCCAAGCCAAGCCGCUAUGUGUGGCCAGUCAUAGACGCCAUCGUCGCACUGUUCUGGAUCCUCGCCAUGGCUGGGUCUUUCUGGUACUUCACCAAGCCCCCGGAGCUGGAGGUGCGAGGCCGGAAGAAAAUGGUGAAAGUCGUCAUGCGAGAGCUCAGCUUCCCUCACGUUUACUGGCUGGUGUACUCGGCAGUCCUCGUGGCCAAAAUACAGCGGGUGUUUGAGUUCAGGGAUGACCUGUUCAAAGUUGACCCGAGUUGCCCCAUCUGCACUGUGACGACGUUCAAGAUUGUCCUGUCCCUGGCUGGGAUCAUGUUUCCUCUCUUGGCUUACAGUCGCGACGAGGUAGGCCAUACCGAGAAGUACAAAUACCUGUUGAGACAACUCGGCACAUCGGCCAGCCUCGACAUCUUGGAUUCUGUCAUGGUUCUGGAUAUUCUUUUCACCGUGUACGAUGACCAGCCUCUGGAUAGUGCCAUGGAGAAAGCCAUCAACACUUUCUCUUCACUCUGCCUCUUGCUUCCCGUCGUGCCACUGCUUGCACUCCGCAUCGCAUCCACUAUUGUCGAGUCGGGACAGAGCAAGAUUUUGGACUUGGCCCUUGUGAUAAACUCCACCCUGUACCUCAUCACUGUAAACGUGCCGUUACUCUGCAUCCGCCUGGUGCUCUGGGCAAGGCGCGACAUCGACGUCUCAACAUUUCUAAUCAAGAAUCUGAUUGGCAUCAUCAAGGGUGUGAUGGACAUUCACCAGGAGGUCAAGAUCAUCAGGGCAUGGAACAGUAACCAAAACGCAUGCGAUGCCACGCCCAGAGACACGCCCACAAACAUGCCUACUGACAUGACAAUGAACAUGCCUGCUGGCGGGGAUAAAACAUUACUGAUAAAUAACGAUGCCGAUUACCAGUUCAUCUAAAUGAAUUACAUGUACAUACAUGUACAUGUACCCUACCCAUAAAAGUAUUAGCAUUUGUAAAUAAUGUGCCAUCAAUAAGUAUUCUCCUUAACCGGUGUAUCUGUCAAACCUGAAAUUUGCUCUAAUACAUUAAACACCAACAUUUCUUGCACCAGUCCACCGCAUCUUCGGAAACUUGUGAUCUUUGAAAACUUGUGAUGUGCAUGUACACAUAGCCUCUUGGUUUGGAAACAAGACUACCGGUAUAUGGACUCCGUGCACAAGUACCCCAUCAACGGCCAGAAAAAGGAGAGUUGGGGGUGACCUACAUGUAGACUGGUUCCCAGUCCACCCACUGCGUAAUUCAAAUGAUCCAAAGUUAUUGGGGUCAGGGAUUAGUCUGGGAGACCAUCGCUAGUUAAAUUUGAAUGUUUUGAACGUAUUCACGCGCCGACGACGCAUAACACUUGCGCGAAGACACUGUGGCUUGGCUUUGUGCGUUCAAAUUUUU